UGUAAGCACGCGACUCCUUGUUUCUACCGGACUAUUUACAUGAACGGAACGUUUUCCGGUUGUAUGUGCACGCCACGGAGUGAAUCCUGUUAGCAGCUGCAGCCCACCUGAACCGCCGCCAUGGGCAUUUUAGAGAAAAUUGCAGAAAUAGAGAAAGAAAUUUCUCGGACACAGAAAAACAAAGCCACUGAGUACCAUCUGGGUUUGCUGAAAGCCAAGCUAGCCAAAUACAGAGCUCAGCUUCUGGAGCCCUCUAAGUCAGGCGGGGUCAAAGGCGAAGGCUUUGAUGUUAUGAAAUCAGGAGAUGCUCGUGUUGCGCUUAUUGGUUUCCCGUCCGUUGGUAAGUCCACCUUUCUUAGCUUGAUGACAUCAACAGCCAGUGAAGCUGCAUCCUACGAGUUCACUACCCUCACCUGCAUACCUGGUGUUAUAGAGUACAAAGGAGCCAACAUCCAGUUGCUCGAUCUGCCUGGAAUCAUAGAGGGCGCUGCCCAAGGAAAGGGAAGAGGUCGUCAAGUCAUUGCGGUCGCCAGGACAGCAGACGUCGUCAUCAUGAUGUUGGACGCCACCAAAGGAGAUGUUCAGAGAGAACUUCUAGAAAAAGAGUUGGAGUCAGUGGGCAUCAGACUCAACAGGAUAAAACCAAAUAUUUAUUUCAAGCCCAAGAAAGGUGGCGGCCUUUCCUACAACUCCACAGUUCCUCUCACUCAGUGCUCAGAGAAGCUCGUUCAGCUCAUUCUUCAUGAAUACAAAAUCUUUAAUGCAGAAGUGCUCUUCAGGGAGGACAGCACACCAGACGAAUUUAUUGAUGUCAUUGUUGGAAACAGAGUCUACAUGCCUUGUCUAUAUGUGUACAAUAAGGUGGAUCAAAUCUCCAUCGAGGAGGUGGACCGCCUGGCACGGAGACCUCACAGCGUUGUCGUCAGCUGUGGAAUGAAGCUGAACCUGGAUUAUCUCCUGGAGAGGUUGUGGGAAUACCUUGCACUGAUUUGCAUUUAUACUAAGAAAAGAGGAGAGCGCCCAGACUUUAACGACGCCAUCAUCAUGAGGAGAGGAGCAAGUGUAGAACAUGUGUGCCACAGAAUCCACAGAACCUUAGCCAGCCAGUUCAAAUAUGCCUUGGUGUGGGGAACCAGUACCAAGUACAGUCCUCAGAGAGUGGGCCUAACACACAUCAUGGAGCACGAGGACGUCAUCCAAAUUGUAAAGAAGUAAAAGAAACUUCUGACUGGAUAGAAGAGACCUCAGGAGAAGAUUUCAAAAACCCAACAAACUGUACAGCAAAGAAAAAUAGCUAACAUCCUUAUUUUCUAUAAGAAAUCUAACAAACGGUGAGCUGCAGAAACGGAAGCUGAUUUUGGACAGAAAGAGGUUUAUUUUACCUUUAAGAUAAAGAUGCAAAAUGCAUUAAUUCAGAAAGAUGUGGGGACUUAUUAAACAUUUAAUCAAACAUUUAA